AUGGACGCGGUACGAAGUCACCAUGAUGACACUCUCACGAUGAUCGAGCGGACGCUUCUCUCGCAGCCUGGUGGCUCCCGCGACCGCGUCGAGUUGCGAGUUAACCAGACAGUUCCUGGACUUGCCGGACAGGCGCUACGGCUAGAUCUACAGCUGUACAACCACAGCAAGAAGACGGUUGCGGUAGUGGAUCUGGCUGUAGCGUUUGAAGAACAAGCUGCUGACGACCCUACCUGCUCUGAUUUCGCGCGCGUGGCUGUGCAGAAGCGCACCAAGUACGACUGCAUCAAGCGACACCUAGAGCAUCAAGACAACUCUCUGCUGAGUGCAUCAAGUCCAGCCGCCGCAUAUGGAAUUUGCACUGCAGCCAACACCAAGCGAGGCAGCAAGGUCAAGGACACGGAUCUGGGUUUCGUGACGAUCAAGUUCAAGGUCUUGAUCGCUGGACAGGUCAAGUUCGAGCAAGGCAGGAUGCAAGGGGCAGUCGAGUGA